AGGUAGCAGACCAGACAAGACCUGAGACCUGAGAGCCACUUUCAGCCUCAGACCUGAGAGCCACUUUCAGCGUUCCCUCGAAACAGACAUGAAACUAAGACUCCUGACCUUCCUCCUUCUCCUGGCCUGCGUCUGCCUCACGCUGGCACAAGGCUCCUACGAGGACUGCUGUCUGAAGUAUGUCAGGACUGUCCCCAAGAAGAUCAGACACCUGGUCGUGGCGUACAGGCACCAAGAGACAGAUGGGGACUGCAACAUCCCAGCCAUUGUGUUCAUCUUGAGAAAGGGCAGGGUUUUCUGCGCGGACCCCAGUCAAGGUUGGGCACAGCACCUGAUUAACAGGAUCGACAGCAGGAAGCACCACAAAAGACCAAAGAGGCGUGGCUAGGAGGUGCCCCUCCCCGACAAGCCUCCGCAGGGCUGUGUUGGAUGGCGGCAUGUCUGACACGGCUCUCACGCUUUCACUGAUCUCAGAACAGCCUGCUCCCGUUGCAGAGGUCAACCAUCACCAAACGCCUGAUCCCCGCCCACCAGCCUGUUCAGCCACUCCCACCCCAUACUAAGGCCACGCCUCUCCGCCUGAUCCCUCCCACAUUGUCCAACCCCCGCCAAGCACCCUGGGAAAUCCUUUAGAGACCGGACCAGCCAAACACCCGCCCUGUGCUUCUCCAGCCUGGCUCUCAACCACACCCGCCCUGUUCUGCUCUAGCCUGGUUCUGAGUUGCCCUGUUGCUCAUUAUGUAACAUGGUCUGUUUUAAAGGGCUUUAGCAGAGCAGUGCAGUGAACCUGUGUCUUCAAACACUUUUUAUUUUUUUACAAGAAAAUUCAUAUUUAAGAUCAACUUCAGCGCAUAUUUGCAGAAUUCUUUUUUUAGCCAAAAAAAUGCAGAUUAUUUUUAACAUCUUGUCUGAAGGGCUGAAGUGUGUCCAUGGAGAGAGAGAGGAGGACGAGAGAGAAAGAGAGAGAGGGAGAGGGAGAGAG